AUGGCUCGUGAAGCAAUUCUCUACCUUGCACGGAUACUGGAUCUCGACCACCACAUCGACAGCCCAUACCCAAUCUUAGUCAAUAUGGGCAGACGCAAGGCUCGCUGGCGAUCAAGCACGACAGCGCCAUCUACAUCAGACGCCAAGAUGGAGGACUCACCGAUUCUGUGGCAGACAUCUGUCAUGUCCAAGACCGAUAAUAUCCCCACCAAGAAAAGCGUCGCCCGAGCACGAGCAAAGCACAAGGACGACAAUUCACCCAAGCCAGAACCCCCAUCUCUGGCCGACCGCUUCCACGCCCUCCCAUCGGAACUACGAGCCCACAUCUUCUCCCUCCUGCUAGUCCAACCCGUCAAAUGGGACAUCUCCCACCAGCCAACCUGCAUCCUCAGACGCUGUGACAUCGACCAAACCCCCCGCCGACCCUGGGUUCACCCAUCCGACUCAGCAACCUGCGUCUACUGCGACGACCCCUCCCCCUCGCGCUGGCGCCGCGACGUCCGCCUCGGCCUCAACAUCUGGACGAACCCCUGGCGCAGCCACUGGGCCCCACCACAACGCAACCCCUACCUCUGCAGCCAAUGCUACGACCUCUUCCACAACCCGCAACCCGUCCCCCGAGCAGAAUCCCUCCCCUGCCUCUGCGCCCGCCGCGCCAACCUCUCCACCCUCCUCGUCUGCCGGCAAUGGUACACCGAAGCCGCCACAGUCUUCUAUUCGCAGAACACCUUCGCCUUCGAACACCCCGCCCUCUUCACCGCCUUCCUCACCAACCUCCCUCCCCAUUGGCAGUCCAAAAUCUCCAAACUCAGCCUCAUGGCCUUCAGCACGCACUCCCCCGGCGCCAUCGACGUCGACUCCGCCUACGCGGACCCUACCAUCCACAUCACCCCAAAACGCUGGCUAGACGUCUGGCCCCUCCUCCGCAAAAGCCUCCCCGCGCUCUCCACCCUCGAACUCGACUCCAGCCUCCUCAGACACCCCAAAACCUCAGCUUCGUCGAACGGCCCCGACGAACCCGUCUCCUGCAUUCCCUCUGGAAAGACGGCACGGAGAAAAUCUGGCCCGCGAUGGCGUGCAGGACGUUGA